AUGAAGAUUACUCGGAAGCUCAGUCGAACGCCCGCGCAUCGGAAGAUGCUGAUGCGGGUGAUGGUGACCAACCUUAUCCGGGCCGAACAGAUGAGAACGACUGUGGCCAAGGCCAAGGAGGUUCGCCGCCACGCGGACCGUAUGGUUACCCUGGCCAAACGUGGUGGCAUCGACAAUUACAGGCGCGCGCUGGAUUUUGUGACGGACCGGAGCAUGGUGCAAAAGCUCUUUAGCGUGUUGAAGCCGCGUUUCGAGAGUCGUCCUGGCGGAUACACGCGCGUCCUACGAGCUGGGAAUCGAAGAGGCGACAAUGCGCCCAUGGCGAUCAUAGAGUACUUGCAGCCCGGAUUCGUGUCUGUUUCGAAGCGUUGCCGCGCUCCGCCGGUUCCCCCUUCCUGGGCGGGGGCGCCCGUCCGGAGUCAGAGCGACGGUUCGUCGUGUAAAUAA